AUGACCGAGACGCAACCAUCAGAGGAUCUUGUGAAACAGAUAAAAACAAAAGCAGAUCUCCUUCGACUCACUAACGAAGAAACGAGGGAGAUAAUUACUAAAGCCAAGAUUAACGAGCUAGAGCGUCAACGGAAAACGCUAAACGAUAAACUACAAGAAGUACAUGAUUUGAAGCUACGCAUUCAAGAAAUCAAGCUUGGCGAGGGAAUUACACCUGAUGAGGUACGAGCAUGGACCGAAGGAAUAAAAUCGAACGACAUUAUACCUAUCGAGAAUGCGAUCUCCGAGUUGGAGACCGUCAUCGAGACUACGAAAAAGAAUGAACUGAGGAAGAAAGAGAACCUAGCCGCUCAAGGCAGAGAUGAACAGUACCAGGAAAAGCUGAAAUACGACAAGGAGAAACUGGAGUUACAGCUAGUUUAUGAAAAGAAAAUAACAGAAGAACGAACGAAAAGAUCGAGCGAGAACGAAUCGCGGAAACCCAAUGUGAGGCUUCAGAAGCUGCAGAUUACAAAGUUCGACGGCACCUACGCAGAUUGGUUACGGUUCUGGAACCAGUUCGAAGCAGAAAUCCAGGCAGCAGAAAUCCCAGCAGUUACAAAGUUCAAUUACCUAAAAGAAUUAGUAACGCCAAAGGUGAGGAUCGCAAUUCAAGGGUUGCCGUGCACAACCGAGGGCUACGAAAGAGCCAGAAAUAUUCUGCAAACAAGGUAUGGGAAAUCUAGCGAGAUAGUAAAUAGUUAUGUGCAAAAUAUCAUGUCCUUGCCUAACAUUCACGGCUGCCAGCCAUCGAAGAUACAUGAGUUUUACGAGAAACUAAUGUGUAAUGUACAGUCCUUAGAAACCCUAGGAAAGCUAAAUGAAGUAAAUGGUUAUGUCAGGGCCACGAUCGACAAACUAGAGGGCAUUAGAGGGGACCUUGUUCGUAUGGACGAUGACUGGCAGGAGUGGAAAUUCCCCGAACUAGUAAAAGCUCUAGAAAAAUGGACGGUGCGCAACCCCAUUAAGCCGUCAAACGAGAAGCAUGCAAUGAAACCCCCUCAGUUUCCCCUCAAGCGUGAGAGGAAUUUUAAUACCAGACAAGAAGACCGUGAAGUAAGAAACCCUAGAGCAUGCGUGUAUUGUGAUGGCGCUGAUCACAGAUCUGUGGAUUGUAAGAAAGUAGAACUAACAGUUGACAGGAAAAAGUUGCUUAGUUCAAAACAGCUAUGCUUCAAUUGCGCUCGGCCUAACCACAAAGCUUCGGAAUGCAAAUCACGCACGGUAUGCCAAAAAUGUAAUCGACGCCACCAUACGAGCAUCUGUGAUAAUCGUGACAAUGAUGGAAUUGACAACUCAAGUGCCUUGUUGACUGCCUCAAGCACAGGGAAUGCGAUGGUAACCUACCCCGUUGUGAUUGUUGACGUCAAUGGUGUGAAAUGUCGCGCGUUACUGGACACUGGGGCGGGUAGUUCUUACGCGUCAUCAGCCCUUAUAGAUCUAAUCAAAGCUAAACCAACGAGAAAAGAAUUCAAGCACAUUGAGAUGAUGUUGGGAUCGGUCAACAAGGUAAUUAGUGUUUACAACAUGUCUAUCAACAAUCUCGAAGGGGACUUUCAAUUACAUACUGAAGUAACCAAGGUGGACCGUAAGGAGUUGUUGACGUUAAAAAACCCCAAUUACCAAGAGACCUUGGCCAAAUUUCCACAUUUGAGUGAUGUCCAGAUGCAUGACAACGACAAAAAACCGGAACUUCCAGUGCACCUAAUCCUGGGUGCAAGCGAAUAUGCCCGAAUUAAGACCGAGACCAAACCGAAGAUUGGACGUCCCAAUGAGCCGGUAGCCGAGCUUACGAAAUUUGGAUGGACAAUCCUUACCCCCGGCAAAGAAAUCAACCUGACCCCAAUGCUAAUGACGCAAACUGCUUGCCCGGACUACGAGCAGUUGUGUAGACUGGACGUACUUGGACUAGAGGACUCUGCAACGGGCGACCAGAGCAUGGUGUACGAAGAGUUCAAGGAACAACUGGCAAGAAAUCCGGAGGGGUGGUACGAGACUGGCCUCCCUUGGAAGGGAAAUCAUCCCUCACUACCAAACAAUAAGGCGGGCAGUUUGAGUCGACUUGACAACCUAAUACGAAAACUGGAGAAGCAAGAUUCGUUAGAGCAAUAUGAUAAGAUAAUACAAGAUCAGCUCGAGCAAGGAAUUGUAGAACGUGUGGAUAACGACGCGAAAGGCAAGGAAUUUUACAUUCCUCACAAACCUGUCAUCCGAGAAUCAGCCGAAACGACGAAGAUGCGCGUGGUUUACGACGCUUCAGCACGUGCUAACCCGAAAGUACCAUCACUUAAUGAUUGCCUGGAGACCGGACCUCCCUUGCAAAACCUCCUGUGGAAUGUGCUGGUUCGAAACAGAUUUCAUCCAAUCGCAGUGACGGGAGAUCUGAAACAAGCAUUUUUGCAAGUGCGAAUUCGGGAAAACGAUCGUGACGUCUUGCGUUUCCAUUGGCUGAAAGACCUACAAACCAAGGAGAAAGAAGUCCUGAGAUUUACUCGAGCUCUCUUUGGGUUGGCACCUUCCCCAUUCCUGCUUGCUGGCGUGAUCAAGGAACAUUUGCGAGGCCUCAAACCAAAGUAUCCUGACCUAGUGGAAGAGAUGGAGAGAAGUUUGUACGUAGACGACCUCAUCGGCGGAGCAGAUAGCAAACCCAAGGCUCUCGAGUUAAAGCAAGCAGCAAAAGAAGUAUUCGGUGAAGCUGGGUUUCAAUUGCAUAAAUGGCACUCAAACGCCAAGGAAGUCGAGUAUGAAGACACAACAGCGAACGACGACAAUCAGACGUAUGCCAAGCAACAACUUGGAGUAAAACAGGGGGAGACGAAGCUACUUGGUCUUGCUUGGGAUAAAGAUCAAGAUAACAUUCAAGUGAACAUCCCCAACGAUACCGCGAAUUGUACCAAGAGAGGGAUUCUAGGGAAGAUGGCGAGAAUAUACGACCCACUUGGCCUAAUAUCUCCAUUAACCCUAACGGGAAAAACGCUUUACAGGGACGCUUGUGAUCUUCGAAUUGCCUGGGAUGCACCCCUACCGAGUACACUACAGCAAAGAUGGUGGAAGUACGAACAAGUCCUACCAAGCCAAGUCACCGUACCGAGAAGCCUUGCUAAAUCAGAGGAGCCAAUCGAAUCUAUCGAGUUGCAUGCUUUCGGCGAUGCGAGUGGGAUAGGAGUCUCUGCAGCCGUGUACGCGAUCGUACGACAACCGUCCAGUGUCAGCAGUGGUCUCGUCACAGCAAAGUCGCGGCUGGCCAAGAAAGGCUUAACGAUACCGAGACUCGAGCUAGUAUCGGGGCACAUGGCAACUAACCUGGUUCACAAUGUGAAACAGUCCUUAGAAGGAUUUCCAGUCCAGCGAGUUCUGGGAUGGCUAGACAGCACUGUAGCCCUACACUGGAUCCGUGGGAAUGGCGAAUUCAAACAGUUCGUGGGGAACCGUGUCAGAAAAAUCCAGGAGAGGAGCUACAUCGAAUGGCGGCACGUGACGUCAGCGGAUAAUCCUGCCGAUCUUGGCAGCCGAGGUGGUAACGUAAAGCAAUCUGGAAGUCUUUGGUGGAAAGGCCCCGGCUGGUUGCUCGAUCAAGAGAAAUGGCCCCCCAACAUCACUACCCGGGAUACCAGUGAGACACAAGCCGAAACAAAAGCGGUGAAAGAGAUAUUCGCGGUGGCAGUUCCACUGGAAGACGAUUUGGAUGAACUCCUGAAGAAGCACGACUACUGGAAAACGCUCCGAAUAACAGCGAGAAUGAGCCGUUUCGUGAACAAUAUGAAGAACGGUCGCGAUAACAAGAUAGUUGGACCCUUAACAACCGAGGAGAUGAGUCGACAAAUGGAAUUUUGGGAAAAAAGAGUCCAACAACGAAACGAGGAGACGGAAGCCUUUAAGGAAGACCAACAACGGCUGAACUUGAAGAAAAACGCGAAAGGCCUCUACGAGUGCCAAGGCAGAGUACAAGGACAUUAUCCCGUGUAUUUACCUGGUAACGAACUACUCACCGAAAAGAUGAUAAUGCAUGCCCACAAGCUCAGCUGCCAUGGGGGAGUUGGAAUGACUAUGGCUAAGCACAGAGAGAAGUAUUGGACCCCGCGUCUUAGGAGCAUUGCUAAACGGGUGACAAAGAAAUGCAAUACAUGUAAACGAUUCAGAGCAGUCGCAGUAGCAACCCCACCAACCGGAAACCUUCCCCGAGAUAGAACAGAAGGUGAUGCAGCGUUCCAAGUUGUCGGAGUAGACUACGCGGGACCCAUCAGAUAUCUAACCAAAAAGAAACGCGAAGCAAAAUCUUACAUAGUACUAUACGCGUGCAGUCUAACCCGAGCAGUUCACGUCGAACUACUGCCGAAUCAAGAAACUAACGAGUUCCUACAAAGCUUGAAACGCCUUAUCGCCAGACGAGGACGGCCGCAGAAGAUCUACUCUGACAAUGGCAAGACGUUUGUGGCAGCAGCAAACUGGCUCAAACAUGUCAUGAGAGAUGAACGACUACACAACUGGCUCGCGAAAUACGAGAUAAAAUGGCAAUUCAACACGAGUCGAGCACCAUGGUGGGGUGGUCAGUUUGAAAGAAUUGUUGGUCUAGUAAAGCGCGCACUUUACAAAGCUGGCGGGGGCACCUUACUUGCCUGGGAUGCGUUGCAAGAUCUUUUGCUUGAUGUCGAAGUGGCGUUAAACAACAGACCCCUCAGCUACGUCGAAGACGAUCUACAAAUGCCAAUACUGACACCAAAUUCCCUGAUGUUCCAUCGACCGAAUCUACUACCGACACAAGAUUAUCGAGAUAUAGAAGAGGUGGAUUUGAGAAAGACCGCAAAGCGCAUCGAAAAAUGCAAAGACAUGAUGUGGAGAAGAUGGACGAACGAGUACGUGAGAGGGUUGCGAGAAAGACAUAAUCUCAAACACAACAACAAGAGAUUCUCGUUGAAAGUAGGUGACGUGGUGAUAAUCAGAGCCGACGAACGCAACCGGAACAAGUGGAAAUUAGGUAUCGUGGAGGACCUGAUUGCCGGUCGUGACGGAGUUGUUCGUGUAGCGAAGCUGCGAGCGGGUAAAAGCCACCUAGAACGUGCCAUACAACACCUGUACCCGCUAGAACUCUCGUGCGACAUAACGAAGCCAGAAAAGGAAGACGAUCGAGAUAUGGAUCCUCGUCUGGAUCCAUCUGUUGGAGAAUUUAGACCGAAACGAGACGCCGCAGCAGCCGCAGCGAUACGAAUACGUGAAAAUGCCGGAGAUGAAGAGUGA